GUGCUCUAUCUGGCAGGGUUAUUAGUCGAACCAACCUAAUGCUAAAAACAUUGCGAUCAGCUGUUUUGAUAACAAUUUAUUGAAUUUAGUAGCCGGUCAAUAAAAUAAAUUAACAAGGACUGAGGACAGGAGUGGUCGUCUGUUUUUAGAUGACGAAUACCAUAAGUUACUUUCUAGCACCAAAGGCCAGCCCUGUUGGUAUGUGUUAAAAUAUCGAUUGAUACAAGACAACCCAAAACAAUGUCAUCCACUGCCACAUGUACACUUUCCAUAACGGUGUUAUUGAUUGUUGCUUCAUUGAUUGAGGCUACAAUAUCACCCAGGAAAGGACGCGUUGAGAAGACUAAAGCAAUUAAACCAUUAAACGUGCUGGCUGGACCACACGAUAAAUCUGUUUUCGAACGAAACCUGAUUGAUGUGCGUCCUUUACCACAAGAAAUUCUGGAACACAAUGCAGCAUAUUACAAGGACACAACAUUACGGAAUUUCAACGACACUGUGCUUGGCUAUGUAACAGCGUGGAACUCGCAUGGCUAUGAUGUGGCAAAGUGGUUUGCGCGAAAAUUCGAUAUCGUCUCGCCGGUGUGGUUUCAAAUUAUCAAAAAUGGUGAUGAAUAUAAAUUAGCCGGCACGCACGAUAUUGAUACGAAUUGGAUGCGAGAAGUGCGCCGGAAAGGUAAAAAUGAACGUGGCACUACAGUGAAAAUUUUUCCGCGUUUCAUUUUUGAUAAAUUCACCGAACGCGAUUUUUCGCGUUUACUGAGUUUGGAAAGUGAGAGGAUGCAGCUAAACGAAAUGUUGGUAAAUGCUUGCAAGAAAUAUGAAUUUGAUGGCAUAGUUAUAGAGUUUUGGACGCAACUAGGAGGGCGAGUAGACGACCAAUUUCUCAUAACAUUGGUGCAACAAUUGCAUGAUGCACUUAAAAAGGAAAAUUUACGUUUAAUCCUUGUGAUACCCCCAUAUCGGCAAGAAGUUCCGAACUUUUUCACAGAAAGGCAUUUUAAUCAACUGUACAAGCAUGUGUAUGCAUUUUCUUUGAUGACGUACGACUACUCGAAUGUGCAAAGACCAGGUGCAAACUCUCCAUUAUACUGGGUACGACAAUCAGUCGAACUAUUGGCGCCUGCUAAAAGUCAUGAUGCAAAAACGAAAAGACGCAAAAUUCUAUUAGGUCUCAACAUGUAUGGCAAUGAUUAUACACCCGAUGGUGGUGGCCCAAUUGUAGCUGGACAAUAUUUGAAACUUUUGCAAUAU